AUGUUGAUUAUCGUUCUCGAUGUACUCGACUGGCGCAAGUUGCUUGACUUGUCAAGUAAGGAACAAAACGUGCGACAGAACCCGACCGAGCUGCAAGCGCACAAUCGUGCCUUGUCGAGCACAAAAUCCUCAUCCAAUCUGCAAGUGUUAUAUUCCUCGGUUGGACAUCCCUAUGAUACCUCCCAUGCGCUCGAGCCAAUAUCCUACGCAAUUUCGGACUCGAUAUCUCCAGGAUCAUAUUCCUCACUAGGCGGAUAUUCGAUACCGCCAUCCGAUCCAUCUUUAUUCGUACCUAAUCCCGACUCGAUCUCACUCGGCCUCUCCCCAGCAAGUAGCUCAAACCCGACGUACUACAGUCCCCAAAUCAGCAAUUCCCCAGGACAGAGUCAUUCCUUGUCCCCAGCGAGUUACUCAAGCCCUCAAAUAUCGGCUACUCCCGAAUUUUCCGGAGGCGCGCGCCUUAAUUUGCCAUCCCAGGCAAUUCCAACUCAGCAUUGGCCAACGCUCGAUGAAGACAGUGAUUCGGAUGACCUCGAGGAUGUGAGGACUGCCUUGUCCAAUGUGCUGGUCAUGACCGGAAAUGCCGAGAGCGAGUCAUUAGUCGAUUGCUUUGCGCUCUGGAUGAUACGCUUCUUGUUCGAACCUCUUCGAGGCAUCUCCACGACCAAGGACAUCAUCAUACAAGGCCUUGCCCGUGGUGGAGAGGCCCUCUGGAGAAUGAUGCUGCAAGCUAAUAUUGCGUGGCAGGUUGCUGGCAACGCGCAGUGUGACAUUGACCACCCACCAUACUUUUCAACUUUUUAUUCUCACAUAAUUCAACGUUUAUCGACCGCCAAAUCCCAUAUUGAGCCUUCCAGGGAAAUGGACAGGUGCUAUGCUCUCAGUGCACUGGAACAGAGUUUUGAGCUCAUGUGUAUUUUGUGCAAGAUUGGCACCCUGUCGGACAUUCUAAACGCAAUGCAACACGCUGCGCCAGUCUUCCGCCGUGCGUGCUCCGAUAGCCCGGAAAAACUCGUCAACCUCCCGUUACUCCUAACGACUGUCGACGUUAGCCUGCAAUCCUACGCCACACACGAUAUUCUGUUCAGUAUGCUUACUCACCGUCCGAUGUUCUUCCGGUACGACCUCUCGCACCCUGCCCACGUCUCUGAAUCACUGUUCAAUGCGGAGGAUGGCCCCGGUCUCCGAUGGCUGUACGGUGUCCCAGAUUGGCUGAUGGUCAUUCUGGCCCGCAUGAACACGUUGCUCGAGGAUUAUGGAAGUUGCGUGGAUCCCGGUAUUGCCAAGGAACUAGAGGAAGAAAUUAGAAGCGAACGAACGAUUGUCGCUGCAAGCGUGGACCCGAGUAUGAGCAUGGGUCGUAUUGUGGUACAAGAGAGCUGGAGACUUGCAGCAUUGAUUUAUUUGUUCAUGGCACUAUGUGGGGCAGACUCAAAAGAUGCGCGCGUGACCAAGGUGCAUUCUAAGUUCAUGAAACUGUAUACUGGUGUCGAAGCUCGACGUAACCCAGACUCGUUUUUGGUGUUUCCGAUGCUGAUUUUAGGACUCCCGACUUCGCGCGCCGAAGAUCGUACGACUAUUCGGUCUCGAAUGCUCGGACUGCAAGAAUGUUCCAAGCCAAACACGUUUGGGAACGAGGUCGUCAGGAUCUUGGAUGAUAUCUGGUCGAGGGCGGAUGCCCGGGUUGGGCGAAUAGACCCGGCGAGUGCGGCAAGCCACUCGGGCGGAGAUACGAGCAGUGCAGGCGGGAGCGGGCGUACCGUUCGAGGCAGCUCAGAGGCAAGGAGUAGUGCGAGCGGAAGUAGUGGGGCUGAAGCAAGGACGGGCAGUGGACCGGUGGGUCCGACCGGUUGUCGCCGUUGUGCCCAGGCUGGAAUCGAGUGCGAGGGAUACACGACCGGGAGAACCCAAAAGUCGAGACAUGGCAUCAGGAACGUCGACACGAGUACGAAGAAUAAACCGGACUCGGUUCGUUACCAGUACUAUCCGUUUCCUCCUGAUCCGUCGACCAAAGCCGAUGGGCAAAUAAACAUAAAUCAGCUCUCUGGAGACGGGGUGGUUCCUGGUGUUGGUGCUGGUGUUGGUGCUGCUUCGCGAGCUGGAGAAGGAUCUAACGUCCCUGUGAAUCAAGAUCGAGAACACGGGUUCUGCUAUCCGUGGCGCUCGGACUAUCUCGAACUCGUCCAGCAUACAGAUCAUCGGCUUGUGGUUACGUUUGCAAGGAUUAACGCACUACUGGAAGACUACGGGAACUGUGUCGAUCCGGAGAAAGUGCGAGAGGUCGAGAAUGACAUUGCAGGUUGUAAACUUCCGACUUGCUCUCAAACACGGUUCGGCUCGAACGAAAGCUUUGGUAGAGUGAUGGCCCAUGAGGUCUGGAAGCUCGCGGCAUAUGUGUAUCUUUACAUGGGACUAUGUGGGGCGAACUCGUACAAUGCACGAGUGGUCAAGGUCCAGCAGGAGUUCAUGGGGAUUCUGAAACGUGUCGUGCCCAGCAGGAACCCAGACUCGUUCAUGUAUGUUCCAAUGUUCAUCCUUGGCAUGGCAACCAAUGUGCCCGACCAGGCCGCUCUCCUCACAAGGCUGACAGGCGUGACGGAGUGCUCACGGGCUGGAACGAUGGGACAUGAUAUCAGGGCAAUGAUGAUUGAUGUCUGGACGCAUACUACAGCAACGUUUGUUAUCCGUGUCGAUCUUGAACUUGUAGUCUCUAGUGCUUCCUGA